AUGAAAGAUAACAUCAAGGUCGUCCAGGCCUCCCUUCUCGGAUCUAUCCUUGUCAACUUGCUACUCGUCCUUGGAAGCGCAAUUAUCGCGGGUGGAAUCCUUUCUCCCGAUCAGACAUACAACAACGAUCUCACCCAGUCAUAUGUUGGCCUCUUGAAUCUGACGGUCGCAUGUCUCAUGAUCCCCACAGCUUUCUAUGGAAGCGUAAAAAGCAUCAAAUCCGCAGACCACAUGUCCCUGGCCUUUAGCCGCGGCGUUUCAGUCAUUCUACUAAUUAUUUAUUUUCUUUACCUUUUCUUCCAAUUCAACACCCACAAGCAUCUCUUCCGACCUCGCGCCGCCGGGAUCCAAGUAGCGGAUAUCCCAGCUGAACGACAUGCCAUCCGCUCCUCGCUCGAGGAACUCUUCGGCGAUAUCGAAUCGAACCCAUCCGCCGAUGAUUCCAUCACCGGCGAGAGCUCACGACAGCCGGAAAUGCGGGAAGUCUCUGCAGCCCCGUUCCCGGACCAAUCGCCCGAAGACAUCCACCCCGAGCCCGGUGUUCCCCUUCUCAAUUCGACCGAGCGCCACGACCAAUCCGAUUUCCGGAAGGCCCAGCCGCAUCGCUGCAAGAACAAAGUAUUCGCCAACCGGAUCUACUCCCUUAUCCUGCUGGUUACCUCGACAGUUUUGAUCGCAAUCUGCGCCGAAUUCUUUGCCUCGAGCUUCGAUGUACUGAACGAAAAGGGUAUCCUGGGCGAAUCUUUCGUCGGGCUGAUCGUCAUCCCCGUGGCUGGUAAUGUCGCAGAGAACGUAACGGCGGUCAUGGUCGCAGCAAGAGAUCAAAUGGAUCUGGCAAUUAGCGUCGCGCUCGGGUCCGCCAUUCAAAUCGGUCUCCUGGUGGCACCUGUGAUUGUCCUCGUUGCAUGGGGUCUGGGUAAACCCAUGACCUUGCAUUUCGAUUAUUUUGGCCUUAUCACCCUCGUUGGCAGCGGUAUUCUGGUAUCUUUCCUGGUUCUGAAGGGCAAGACGAAUUACCUGGAAGGCGCCAUUUUGUGCGCCAGUUUUGCUGCUAUCUCGUGA